AUGCCAAGUUCUUGUUUCGCACCCAACUGGGCAAUCUGUAUCAAUGCCUCCAGAGGCCAUGCACCCUCUGUUCUGGACAUCACAUGUUUUUGCACUGUAGUGACUUCAUGCAUUUUGACACUUCCUCUUCUCACACGAAGUACAGCUCGCCCUCGACUUGAAAAGAGGUCUACAAACAGCCGGACUCUGCCCUCCUUCUCCUCCUCAUUUUCCUUCUGGCAGAAGCAUUUGGUGCAAAUGCCUUUGAAGAAUAUGCAUGCAUAUGCAUACAUGCACCCUCACUUGUGGGAUAAAAGGGAAACCCUUCUCGCGGCUGGCUUCCUGACCUUGUCCGUUCGUCUGUCCGUCGCCCAGCCGGUGUCCGGCCCACCCAUAAACUCGCAAGCAGAUGCUCACAAAACGGGAUUGCCUCUAUCCUCAGCACAACCGCCACCAGUUUUCCCACCACCUGGGGCCAACAAUGAGGGCCUGUCAUUAUCGUGGCGAAGUCAUGUGGAGUGGAGAAGGCUGGGUCGGUGGUCGGUCAUUAGGCAAUUAGGCAGCCGAGGCACUUUAGGGCUCCAUCGGCCAGCUCCGUCACACCCUCACGACAUCUUGUCCACCUCCGUUCGCUUGGACAUGUCGGCCUAA